AAUAUUGCUCGUAAUUUCCCCUGUUAGGUAAACGAACUGUAAAAAUGGCGGGAGUCAUUGAACCCAACAAAAGCAAAAACUAAUACAAAUGAGAUGUAAAAUGAACAAAGUAGUGAAGCUCAUCUCAUUACUGCACAGAAACACCCCCCGUUUCGCAAUUUCAAGAACCAUUUAUGAAUCCAGAACCUUAACUUCAGUACCGAAUUCCAAUCAUAUUGAAUCAACACUUGAUUCAAUCCACUCAAUUCAAUCAAACCCCUUUUUCCACCUUUUAAAUCUUUGCAAGACCCUAUCUUCUCUCCAAAAAAUCCACGCCCUUUUAAUUAUUGAUGGUCAAUCUGACGACCCUUUCUUGAGAACCAAAUUAAUUAGUUUGUAUGGUUUAUUUGGGCGCGUCAAAAUUGCCCGUCUAAUGUUCGAUGAAAUUCCGGACCCAGAUUUUGAUUCUCAUAAAUUGAUGAUUAGAUGGUACUUUAUGAAUGAUUUGUUUGAUGAGAUUAUUGGGUUUUAUGAGUUUAUGAGGAGGACUUUUAUUGUACUGGAUAACAUUGUGUUUUCUAUUGUGUUGAAGGCAUGUAGUGAGUUGAGGAGUUUUAGUGAAGGGAUGAAAUUGCAUGGUUAUAUACUUAAGGUAGGGAGACCUGAUAGUUUUGUAUUGACUGGCCUUGUUGAUAUGUAUGCCAAGUGCCGUGAUACUGAAACUGCUCGCAAAGUUUUUGACAGGAUUUUGAAUAGAAACGUAGUUUGUUGGACAUCGAUGAUUGUUGGGUAUGUUCAGAAUGGUUGUGCUCAAGAAGGGUUAGUUUUGUUUAACCGGAUGAGAGAUGGCUUGGUCGAAGGAAAUGAGUACACUUUCGGGAGUGUAGUGACAGCAUGUGCAAAGUUAGGGGCUUUGCAUCAGGGGAAGUGGGUGCAUGGGUAUGUGAUCAAGAAAGGGAUUGAGUUGAACUCAUACUUAGUUACUGCUCUCGUGGAUAUGUAUGUGAAGUGUAGUGCUAUUAGAGAUGCCCGUUUGAUUUUUAAUGAGCUCUCCAGUAUUGAUCUUGUUUCAUGGACUGCCAUGAUCGUUGGUUAUGCCCAGAAUGGCUAUGCAGAAGAGGCAUUACUGUUGUUUACAGACAAGACAUGGCAAGGUGUUAUGCCAAAUUCAGUUACCUUGGCGAGCGUUCUCUCAGCUUGUGCACAAUCACCCAAUCUGAAGUUGGGUGCGUCAGUUCAUAGCCAAGCUAUUAAGCUUGGAUUGGAUGAUGCUAAUGUGACCAAUGCUCUAGUGGACAUGUAUGCAAAGCAUUGCAGAACAGGAGAUGCAAAUUAUUUGUUUGAGAAUAUUUCAGAUAAGGAUGUGAUUGCUUGGAACUCAAUAAUUUGUGGGUAUUCUCAAAGUGGAUCUGCUUAUGAGGCGCUGAAAUUGUACUAUCGAAUGAGAUCGGAUUUCAUCCAACCUGAUUGCGUAACAGUGGUGGCUGUCCUUUCAGCUUGUGCUUUCCUUGGGAAUAUCAGAUUUGGUUCUUCUCUUCAUGCCUACUCUAACAAAGAAGGGUUUUUGUCAGACAAGAAUGUCUAUGUUGGUACAGCACUUCUAAAUUUAUAUGCUAAAUGUGGUGAUGCUGAGUCUGCUCGCGGUAUUUUUGACAGGAUGGUAGAGAAGAAUACGGUUACAUGGAGUGCAAUGAUUAGCGGUUAUGGAACACAAGGGGAUGCUUACAAUGGCCUGGCCCUUUUCCGUGAUAUGCUUAAGGAAAACAUAGAACCAACUGAUGUAAUUUUCACAAACAUCCUAUCUGCUUGUAGCCAUACCGGAAUGAUUAAAGAGGGGUGGAGAUACUUUAAUACAAUGUGCAAGGUAUAUAAUAUUGUUCCUUCAAUGAGGCAUUAUGUUUGUAUGGUCAAUUUAUUGUCUCGUUCUGGCUGGCUCGAGGAAGCCUUUGUUUUUAUUGAGAAAAUGCCUAUUCAGCCCGACGUUACUGUUUUUGGUGCUUUUCUUCAUGGAUGCAGCAUUCACUCUAGGUUCGAUCUUGGGGACGUGGCAGUGCAAAAAAUGCUUGAGUUCCGUCCUCAUGAUGCAAGCCACUAUGUGCUUAUGUCAAAUUUAUAUGCUUCUAACAGAGCAUGGAGCCAGGUCAGUCGAGUUCGAGACUUGAUGAAGAGAAGGGGCUUGAAGAAGUCACCUGCAACUAGUCAGGCUGACAUGUCCAUCAACUUCGACUUAUAUUCACAGAUGGUGCCAUCUCUGCAUUAAUUGUUGCUUUAUGCAUCUUGAGUGACUAUCUAAGCUUCAAUUAUAGCCCAAGUUGCAUUUAGUUGAUCCUCUUGAUCAAUCAAGAUUUUCUGAGCUUGAAUAGGGUUUAUUUUUGAAGUUAAAAUAUUGGACUUGUGUGUGGGAGUUACUCAUGAGAAACGGCUCAACAAUGGCUUAAAUGUUUUAGUGUCAGAUAUCUUGGAAGCCCAUUAUACUGUCAUACUGAUUUAAAAGGUAGGACAAAAUUAUAGAACUUACACACCCAUAACUAUAUUAUGAUGGUGUGAGUGAAGCUUGGAGUAAAAUGAGCAGUACCGCUUGGGUGAAAAUCUUUUCAGCGUGGUUGAUUUGAUGACAGAUGAUGGCUGUUAGCGAAGGGAAUUAAUCAUGAAUCUGUUUCUACCACCCGUUUCUGUUUUGAUACUGUCACUACCAGGCGGUGUCCCUUUAGCAGAUGGCGUCCCUAUAUGGCACUUUAAAUGGUAUAGGAUUUAUUCAGUAUAAUCUAGGUUUAGACUUCCUAUGUCUCUACCAAAGAAUGGCAUUGAAAGCACCUUCCAUGGAUUGGCUAGCUGGUGGAAUUCCCGUGAGCCUGUAAUAUGCCUCCAUAGAUAAAGAUCUUUGCGUGGCAGGCUGUUCUUGAGCUAAUCCCAUCUAAAGCAUUCCUGCAAAAAUGUCAUCUGAAUAUCGAUGCACUUUGCAGCCAAGUUCUGAAGACAGUGUCCAUGUUGUAUUCACUUGCCCUGCUGCUCAAUUUGGGAAGAGAGUGGUUGUGAUAUGAGUGGGGCCUUAAUACGGUUUUUGCUUGGCAGACUCUUCAGCUUAUCCCAUCCAAAGCAUGCCUGCAAAAAUGUUAUCUGAAUAUCGAUCUACUUUGCAGUAGAGUUCUGAAUCGAAUGAAAACUGUGACCAUGUUAUAUUCACUAGCCCUGUGGCUCAAUUUGGGAAGAGAGUGGUUUUGAUAUGAAGGGGGGACUCGAUACCAUGUCUUGUGUAAGAGGUUUCUUCUGCACUUGUAUGACUGAUUAAGUACUUCGGAGAUAGAAUUGGUGCUCGUGGUGGGGUGGUACUGUUGGGAUGAAUGAAACAACUUAAUAUAUGGCAGUAAAGAGAGAUGCUUUGCUAAGCAGAUUGCUUGAGAAGGCCAGAUCCUACUUAGCUGAAUUUCAUGCAAUGCGAACUCUGGUACAGAUUGGACAUCUGAAUGGUAUUAGCACAAAAAAUGAAUGAAAUGAAAACAUUUUGGGAAUUUUCUUUCUUUCCUGCCCUUGUGAACCACUUCAUCUUUUAUCCUCCUCUGAAUUGGCUGGUGGAUUUUUCUGCAUUCUUACUUAUAGUACAAGUUUCCUGCGUUGAAGGUUCGAUCUCAAACAGAAAAGGGUGCCUUAAAUCCAGCAUCUGAACCGAGAGAGAGAGAGAUUUUCGAAUAAGAAUGACGUACAUUCAACUAAAAGUGCUUAGAGGCCAAAGCUUCUAAGAUCAAUAUCCUUCUAUUCCGCCAGCAACUUGUAACAUUUUUUCAUCCUUUUCGUCAUCAAUAAUCAUUUCCUUUGUAGAUUGGCUGAAAUUUCUUGAGUAGUGGAUUGGAAAAGUUUAAUCGACAAGUUUUCAAGACAUUUUAGUUAAUCACAUUCACAAUGUUUGUGGCAUUGUUCUUCAGCUAGAAGAUUAUAGCAGAGAUUGACAGGUGAUGUUGUAGACUAAAAUUCUAGGAUUGAAUGUAGUAAGAAUUGAGACUUUCCAAAGAUGAGCAACAACAGUCAUCAUAUUGGCACAUUUUGAUUUAAAGGAAUGAUAUGAUUUUUAGAAAAUCACAUGUUUUUUCCCAAUGCU